AGGGGUACCAUGGAAACUGCCAAAUGUCGAUGACACCUAACCUACCAUUUAGGUCGAAUUAAUUGUAAACCGUCAGAUCAAGGACAUGACCGUUUGAAACGCUCCCCUUCUCUGCCCUUUUCAAUUUCAAAGUUCAAACCUCACAUCUGUCUCACAAUAAAAAUAGACAGAAAGACUGAAAAAGUUGGAAAAAAAUCCAAGGAAUCAAACGAACGCAAAAAAACAAAAAAAGAAACAAUCUCGAUAAUUCAAGCUUCUUGGCAAGAGAAAAGAAAAGAUAUCAUGUCUAAGAUGAAACCUGAUCGUAAGCCUCCGCUUGCUAAAUCGCCUAUUUGCCCACGACCCGGUCGCGUCCUUCGAUCGAACUCAACCUCCCUGCAAACCCCACCGGGUUUUUUAACGAAAUCCCAGAAGCCGAUUCGUACUUGCGCCAUGGAAGAAUACGAGAUUCGACCCGACUAUCAAUCCAUUUCUUGCGAGUUACGGGCUUUGGCUAGGAUGGUUAGAGAUGAACUUGGAAAUGGGGAAACAGAAAAUGCUGGUUUUGGUGAGACUAGUCUCAUCGUCAACUGCAGUCCUCUGUUUGAGAGAGGCAGGUUUUACGAUGAAUACUCCGCGAGGAGAAAUGAGAGGCUUAAGAGAAAGAAAGGCGAAACCGGGACUGAAUCAAGGGCGGUUUACCAUCUUGGAGUAACAGUUGAAUCUUCAAAGAGAAGAGAGUCGAAGAAGCUUGAAUGCUUGAGGAAAUCAGUGUCUGCUGCUUAUUCCGUGGAGAGGAACGGGACUCAGACUCCUAGGUAUCUGCUUCGAAGCAUGAGCAAAGAGAAUAAGAAGCCUCCUCUUGCUGUCAACAAUUACAAGUCGUCUAUGAUUGGCACCGAAAAGAAAACUGUGGCUAGAAGAGUUCGAAGGGUCUGAAAAUUGGAAAUUUAGGUUGGCAUUUUUCAUUUUGAUUUUAGGAAAUUUGUGAUUAUAUUUCAUUUUUCAUGGAUGUUAAUUAUUAUUAUGUUUCGAUCUAGUUUGAUGCUGCAAAUAUUGUCCCGUUUUGUUUUUUGUUUCUCAAUAAAUGAAUAGGAGAUGCUCAAAUGUUCUAGUAUUCAGCUUGUUCGACUAUAGAAGCAGAGAUCAUUCUACAUGAAUGAAGUUUCUUCGUUUCAUCUUCUCCUUAUGUAAUCUGAACAUCCAAGUUCUUGUUUUUGCCUGCAAUUUCUAGAUAGCACGGCAGCAACAUACAACGUAUGGCAAAAACCGAAGAGCAA